CAGUGAAAAACUCAAAGGACCUCAGUUUUGGGUGCUAUUGCCAGCUGGACUGAAGCUCUGUAUCCAGUUUCUUAGAGUAGCAUUCCCCUUUAAGCCUGCUGCCCCGCUGAAAGAUAGCCCAUUGUCUCAAGUCCACCCAUCUGUGGGGGUGGCUCAGCGAAAGUUUGCUGAAGAAAUGUUGAAGCUGUCACUGGAUGUCGGUGGGAGACUGAUGGAGGACGGGGGCAGACCAGACGCAAACACCGACAUUGAAACUGGUUUUAAGGGGAGCCAAUGCAACGAAAACGCCCCGUGGAAACAGACGAUGUUAAGGCCUGAGUUGGAGAAGUUUGUUGGAGUUGACACAGUUUGAGUGCAUGGCCGCAACAAAGGCGGAAAGUUCCUCCAGCCCAGAUGGACUUAAUUUGAAUUGACAAUCGCCGCUGUGUUGGAAAGCCAUUAAAUGCUUCUCAAAUACAGGCCAGUGUCCUGACAAGAUGACCCGUUUGAACUGCGGGCUUCACGCCUCCGGACAAGGAGUCUGCCUCAUUCACGUCUUCAUCGCAUUUCUCCUAGGAAACUGCAGAGUGUUGGGGAUAUCCCAUGAACCAGAGAGAUUUCUGCAGGAUAUUCCCCAGUAUGAAGUCGUUCACCCCACUCGAGUGGAUGCCAGGGGUCACUUCCUGUCCAACAUCCUGUCUCACCACGCACGACGUGUUCAGCGCCGGGAGGCCUCAGAGGAACCGGCGGACUUGGAUCGAGUCUUCUACCGGUUGUGGCAUGGCGGCCACAGUUUGCACUUUAACCUCACGCUCAACCCAAAACUGCUGGCUCCAGGCUUCCUGACAGAAAGGCGGUAUGGUGGCCUGGAGGGGGCAAAGAUCAGUCCGGCUGGAUCAUCGCAGUGCUACUACUUGGGUGAAGUGUCGAAUGAGGGAUCUCAGAGAGGAAGGGCAGCCAUUAGUACCUGUGAUGGACUAACAGGACUGUUCAAGUUGUCUGAUGAAGAGUUCUUUAUUCAGCCUUUGGAGAAGUCAAGUGCUGAGACCUCAGCACCCCAAGCCCACGCUAUCUACAAACGCCAUGCGUCCCUUCCCUCCUCGAGUCCAAUCACGCGGCCGGACUCAGGGAAACAAGCUGUCAACGGUACCUGUGGAGUUCAAAAUUCCCAUCAAAGUCUUGAAGACAUUGAGAGAGAGCGGGAGCGAUGGGAGCACCGGCAGCAGAGGAGAAGAAAGAGGAUUCGUCAACGUUCAGUCAGUGAAGAGAAGUGGGUGGAAACGCUGGUUGUGGCCGACCCGAAAAUGGUGGAGCAUCACGGGAGCAGAGCUGUGGAGAGCUACGUCCUGGCUGUCAUGAACAUUGUGGCGGGUCUCUUUAGUGAUGCGAGUAUUGGAAAUGCAAUCAACAUUGUGGUUGUCCGACUCAUCCUGCUGGAGAAGGACGAGGAUGACUUAAAGAUCACACACCACGCUGACAACAGCUUGAGCAGCUUCUGUAAGUGGCAGAAGACGCUCAACAUGAAAGGAGACGAACACUCGCUACACCACGAUGUGGCUGUUCUUCUCACAAGGAAGGACAUCUGUGCAUCCAUCAACAUGCCCUGUGAGACUCUGGGUCUGUCACAUGUGGCGGGGAUGUGUCAGUCACAUCGCAGCUGCAGCAUUAGUGAGGACACCGGCCUCCCGUUGGCCUUCACUGUGGCUCACGAGCUUGGACACAACUUUGGGAUUCAGCAUGAUGGCAACGGUAAUGACUGUGAACCCAUUGGGAAACGACCUUUCGUCAUGUCUCCACAGCUCCUGUACGGCACUUCCCUGCCCAGGUGGUCACGCUGCAGCCGCCAGUACAUAACCCGCUUUCUGGACCGUGGCUGGGGCUGGUGCCUGGACGAUACUCCAGUGAAAGAUAAGCUGUUUCUGAAUUUUGUGCUCCCAGGGGUUCUGUACAGUGCCGCCCAUCAGUGCCGGUUGCAGUAUGGAUCUGGGUCCGUGCUCUGCGAUGACAUGGACAAUGUCUGCAGCACUCUGUGGUGCACUGUGGGAACAACCUGCCACUCAAAGCUGGACGGGGCUGUAGACGGCACUAGCUGUGGAGAGGACAAGUGGUGUUUCAGAGGACAGUGUGUAGCAGUUGGAUAUGAGCCAGAGAGUGUGAAUGGAGGCUGGGCAUCAUGGAGCGAGUGGUCGGCCUGCUCCAGGACGUGUGGAGCCGGAGUCCAGAACGCCCACAGAGACUGUGAUAACCCAGUUCCUACAUACAGAGGGAAAUACUGUCUGGGAGAGCGACGGAGGUACAAGAUCUGUAAUGCCGCUCCAUGUCCGCAUGAACAGCAGAGCUUCAGAAGCAGUCAGUGUGCUACGUUCAACAGCGUACCAUACAAGGGCAAGUUCUACAAGUGGGAGUCUGUCAUCAACAGAGUGAACCCCUGUGAGCUGCACUGUCGCCCCCUCAAGGAAGAUUUUUCUGAAAAGAUGAGGGAUGCGGUGAUCGAUGGGACACCAUGCUAUGAAGGCAACAAAAGUAGAGAUAUGUGCAUCAAUGGCAUCUGCAAGAUUAUAGGCUGUGACUAUGUGGUAGAGUCGAGCGCUGUGGAGGAUCGCUGUGGGGUUUGUCACGGUAACGGCUCCACCUGCUUGACUGUGAGGAGGACAUUUGAGGAGAGUGAAGGACUUGGCUAUGUGGACAUCGGACUCAUCCCAGAGGGAGCCUGGGACAUCCGCAUCGAGGAGAUGGCUGAAGCAGGGAAUUUCUUGGCUCUAAGAAGUGACACCCCGAACAAAUACUUCCUGAAUGGUGGCUGGACGAUCCAGUGGAAUGGAGAUUAUAAAGCAGCGGGGACAGUGUUCACCUAUGAGAGGACAGGACACCUGGAGAACCUGACAUCUCCUGGACCCACCAUGGAGCCGCUGUGGAUUCAGCUCCUCUUUCAAGAGACCAACCCAGGAGUGCGCUACGAGUACACAGUCAGCCGGAAUAUCUCAGAGGACCACAAAAUCCCUGCAUCAGUUUUCUUCUGGAAAUACGGUUCAUGGACCGAAUGCAGUGUCACCUGUGGAACAGGUGUCCAGAGGCAGAUUGUUCACUGUGUGGAAAAGACAACAGGGAUCGUGGAGGAGCACUUCUGUGACCCUUCAACCCGACCUGACGAUAACCAAACCAGCUGCAGCAAGGAUCAAUGUCCAGCCCUAUGGUGGUCUGGAGAGUGGCAGAAAUGCUCGGCAAGCUGUGGCAGCUCAGGUCUGACUAAAAGGACGGUACUCUGUAUUCAGUCGGUGAGUGCUGAAGAGCAGGAAGCUCUGCAGCCCAGUGCAUGUAAACACCUCCCCAGACCUCGGGCACUGUCCUCCUGCAACACACACAUCCCCUGUCCGGCAGAAUGGAGCACUGGCAGCUGGUCUAAGUGCUCCCUGACAUGUGGAAGUGGGGUCCGCCGCCGUAAUGUGACCUGCUCGAGAAACACAGGUGUUGACUGUGACCCCCAGAAGAAGCCGCUUGCUGCCACUACCUGCUUCAUCCAGGACUGUCCACCAGCAGCGGAUAAUUUUGGUGGCAUGGACUGGUCAGGCAGCGGCUGGUCGAGCAAAGAGGUGCUCAAUGAAAUUAACUCCAUAUCUGAUGUCAAACCUCCCCCCAAAUACAGCACCACCAGAGCUCAGCCAAGAAACCAUAAAGACCUGAACAACAUAGUAGAGGGAGAUUUUCACUACCACAAUAACAUAGAAAAUACUGAUCAGACUGUGGAAAACAGUGUCCAAGUUGAUGAUUUUUACUACGAUUAUAACUUUAUCAACUUCCAUGAAGACUUGUCGGAUGAUUUUGACAGCGGUGGAAGUGAUUCAGAGAACAGCCGGGGGCUUGAUCCUCCUCAAGAGCCAACACCAGCACAUGUUGUAAAAGAAGAGGCUCACAUGGAAACUACACAAGUUCCCACAGCCUCUUCAGACUUUUCAAAGGCCUACACUUUGAGUGAAGAGCCACAGAACACAAAACCAGGUGGUAUGAAGGAUAAUGGGAAUACAGCAACAAAAGAGCCUUCACAAACAGAGUCUGAAAACUUGGAUGACCUUCUUUCAGAGGAUUUUCUUCUGCCUGUGUCUGCCACUCACUCACCUCCUCUAUCUUCAACACAGCAAACUCAGACACAAAAAGAAAUCCAUGACAUUCUACUGUGGCCUGAAAACCCCAUCACAAUGCCCAGUCCAUUGUUCCCUGAAAAUGAGCCAGCACAGGAUGUGAAAUGGGGACAGUAUGAAGAGGAGGCUGAAAAUAACUAUGACAAUUUCUCUGAGGAGGAAAACCCUUUUGAGGAGGUCACUCUGACUCCAAAACAUGCUGCUCCAACUGCAGGGCAUCAAACCACUGUUGAUACAGCUACAACAUUGGGUGCUUAUGAUGAUGAUGAGUACAGUUACAAUGAAAAAAGCACAUCAGGUCCUAGAGAUCUAAAUCUAGAUCUAGAGAGUCCAGAACUUUUAGACUCUCCCAUGCCAGAAACUGUGUUCCAGGUUGAAACUGAAUUUCACCUGGAUGAUAAUGUUUCCAAUAUACCUCAAACAACCACCCAGUCAUCAAUAUCUCUACCUGCUUUUGCACUGGGGGACUUGGACUUUGAUCAGACUAAUCCUACAACCGUUUAUACCACUAGUCAGUAUUCAUGGGAUGCUGAUCUUGACCUCAGAACAACCUCACUUCCUUCCUCUGGGGAAUCCACUCCUCUCCACAUUCCUUUUCUGCUAACCUCAGGUAACCGACAGUCCUCUGAUGACUCCACAUCAAUAACUGGAACAGAACUUAUACCUCCUACAAACUUGGGAGAAGACACAUAUCCUCUUCCAACUGAUUUCCAGCCAGCUACGGUGAAAAAGACACCGACAGAACCUGCCUCCACUGAAAGAACUGGAACAGAUUUUUCAUCUAAAGCUCUGUCCACCGAUCAUGCUCAUUUUGAAGACAGUGAAACAAGCAUUCCAGAGAUUGUGAGCAGCAGCAGCAGUGAUCAAGAUCCUUUACACCAGCUAACAACAAACACAGUAACCGUUCCUCUUCAGAGCACAACACCAGUGCAAGAAGAGGAAUCACCAACAUCUGCUGUCCCCAUAAUGCCAACCCAUCCACCAGAUUUUUGGCCAGCUCCUCAGCCGACAUCCGUCCAAUCUUCAGCCUCCACAGAAGUCACAACCCCUGCUUUUUGGAUCCUCGGCAACUGGAGUGCUUGCUCGACCACUUGUGGUCUGGGUGCCAUCUGGAGGACUCUGGCCUGCAGUACUGGCUCAAACGCUGACUGUGAUCCAGCCAAGAGGCCAGCACCGGCCCAGAGGUGCUACCUCCGCCCCUGCUCCAUGUGGAAAAUUGGGGAAUGGAGUAAGUGCUCCAAGAAUUGUGAUGACGGCUUUAAAUACCGAGAGGUCCAGUGUUUUGACAUGAGGGAUCAGAGACCUCUACGACCCUUCCACUGCCGAGCUAUGUCCUCCAGACCUCAGACCCAGGUGCCCUGUAACCCCCAGCCUUGUCUGGACUGGUACGCCUCCUCCUGGGGUGAGUGUUCUGAAGUGUGCGGGGGAGGUGAGCAGCAGAGAAUAGUCACCUGUCCAGAGGAGGAGCAAUGUGACCGAGAGCUUCAACCCAGCAACAUCCAAUCAUGUAACACCCAGCCAUGUGCUCAAUGGCUUACUGGAUCAUGGGGACAGUGUUCAGCUUCCUGCGGUGGAGGAGUUCAGCGCCGACUCAUCCAGUGUGUCAACACAAAGGGUGAGACGAACAAGGAGGUUCAUCAAACUGAAUGUGACCAUACACCGCAGCCUGAGAGCACCAACAAGUGUAACUUGCAGGAGUGCGAGGGUGCCCCCUCUGGAGCAGUUUGUCUUCGUGAUCGGCUAACAUUUCGUUUCUGUCAGACUCUCCGAUGGCUCGGCCGUUGCCUCCUGCCUAAUGUUCGAGCACAGUGCUGCAAAUCCUGCAGCCAGCGUUCCCGUUCUGUCAGUUCAUCUCGUCGCUGAGGUGCAGCAAAGUCACCACUUACAGGUCUCACCAACAGGAACACUAAGUACACCUCUGGCUGAUGUAAUGUAAAUCAUUUCAAAAUUCAGCAAUCUGAAAUCAGUCAUGACUUCUUCGUCACCCCUACCGAUUCUCUCCAAAGCUCUGCACAUCUGUGCAUGUGAAGCUCAUACACAAUGACGAAAUUAUUUUACAUGUAAGAAAAAAUAACCUUUUUCUUUGCAGAGCUACAAGGGUGUAAAUAUUUUUUUUGCAUUUUUUACUAUACAGUUUUACUAGAAGGACAUUUUAUGCAUCAAGAUUUUCUUUAAAACAGGUUUGGUGCUAUACAAUGGGGUUUCUUCUCAAUAUAAGGCUGUACUACACAUGUAGAUAAACCACUAACAGUUGGUACAAUGCUUUCAUUUUUAUGAAAGCAGCAGAUACAAAACAAUUUACCAGACAGGGACACAAAUCUUAUUGAAGUUUUAUUGAUAAUGUGGUACUAGUGUAACGAAGCAAACAAGAGAAAUUCAUGUGACACACAAUCAACUGUUUGCUGUUUUGCCCUGCCUCUCUUAGCUACUGUUGUUAAGUCUUUACAUUUUCAAUUAAGGCACAUAAUGUUGUUUACAUUGUGGUUUGGAGAUAGAAACUCUAUCAAGUCAACUAGAGUGAAUAGAAAAGCUGGCAUCAACGUUUUUUGCUGUGGCUAAAGGCUAAUUAGCUAUAGCUGAGCUUCAGGGAUAACUAUUCAGCUUAUUACCCAGCUACUGACUAAAGACAUGAAAAGUUGACUCAAAAUACUGAUUAAAGAUGAUUUUAUUGAUUCAAAAAUGACUUAUCUGUACAGCUACAGCUGUUUUCUAUUGAGCAUUAAUCACCGUUGUUUUGACUAAUUAGAAUCAAGUGUUUGUCACAGCUGGGUAAUCAGUGACAAACCCGGGUAAUAACAUUUAAAAACGGUAUCUAAACUACAUAGCCAAAUAUUUUUCUGAAAGGCAGAGGCUAAAGCUAACAAGUUUCAGUAGAGAGUUAACCUCCUCACUAGUUUACAUAUGUUGAAUUUGGAAAAAAUGAUACAAGCUUAACGUCCGCAGAAGCUUGUAAAAAACCUUUUCAAACUAGUUGUAUCAGUAACAUUUGUGUUAUUUCACACUCUCUUUUAAAAGGCACAAAGUAAAGGGUUGAUGUGAAACGUUAAGUUGCAGGAAAUAUUUGGUGCUAACAUUUCAGGUCAGGUAUUGGCAGGCCCAGUGCCUUAGCUUCUUGAGUAUUGGGUAAUUUGAUUUCUUUGUUUUAGAAACCACUUGACUGAAAGCAUUGAGCUAAAUGAAGCACAACAGAUUUUUGUGGAAUUAUUCAAAAUGGAGGGAAAUAUUUUAAAACAUGUUGACACUUCAGAUUGGGUUUACGUUGGUGUGUGUAUUAAGUAUAUGCAAUAUUUUAUACCUUUUGCAACUGGAGUUUAUAGUUGCUGUCAUCUACUUGUUUGUGAUUAUCUCUUUUUGAAACACCACAGAUUCAUCUUUACUGCUUGUUCCUGCAUUUAGAAUCACAUUGAACCAUUGUUAGCACUGACACGAAUGUAAGCUGCAAUUCACACUUCUCUCGGCAGGAACUGAAAUGCUAUUCUGGCUUUUCAGUACAUUGUUUCUUUGAGUAGAAAAAGAGGAGGAAAAAAUCGAGGUAGUGCUUUCAUACCACUAAUGUAAUAAGUCUUGUGAUGAGGCUCACAGUGAAGCUCAUGGGUCUGUCCAUUAAAAGACUCAGAGAAUCAGCACUGCAGUAGUAGACAAGCAUGUCUUCUGAGCACACUAGCAAAGAAACAAAGGUGCAGUUGUGUGUGGAGUUGAAUCAAACAGUUGGUGAUUAUUAUUUGAAAAAGCUGUUUUACUUUGCUAACUGUGUGUUAACAAUAAAUUGCAACUCAAGUCUACUUAUCUGUAAGGGCUAUUAAGGGUUGUUGUUUUUUAGGGAAAAGUGUUGUGUAAUCUGUAAUAGUGAAUUGUUCUCUACUGAUUACAGAUAGUUGGGAUCAAGCAUUUUAAUUAACAUUCAUGUGGUUUGAUUGGGCUAAUAUCUCAAAAUUACAUCAUUUAGAAAUUGUCCUCAGGGUUUGAUUGAUCAUACAUUAAGCCCUGCCUGCUCCUUGAUUUCUGUUGAAUCAAAGUGCAGGGCGUAUUGAGUUUGCAGCGAAAAUGGCCAAUCAAAACUAAAAUCAGAUUUUUUUUUUCCAACAAAAGGUCCUUGAUUAAAAACAGGGGUAGAGAGUGCAUAAUAAAGAUUUUAAUUGAGUGACCAUUCAUUUAGGCAUAAUAGCUGUAACCAGAAGAUUUGUAAAUAAACAAACUGUGCUUUUAACAUUUA